CCAUCUGCCGUAUUUAUAUACCUUGGCUUAUUUACGAGAUUCGCAAAACUAGGUCGGUAGGUAACCCAUCACUUAUCCACCGAGGGAAGGUGAUGGCGGUGCGCACGGCCGGCAGCGCAUUCCUUGCGGCAUAACGGUUACGCUGCGGCGUGGCAGAGAUAACAUGGGCGUUGGUUAUGUUGGUGCUGAUCCCCCCCUGAACGGUUGUAACCUAUCAGAGAAUAAAUACUGGCCACCGAAAAACGGCUCCAUCAGACCCCCUCCAGGCCUCUCGAACCUGUCAUCCCGCACAAGUCCCUUCAAGUUCAUGUCGUUCGAGAACUCCUAACCUGCCGUGCACCUCACGCACCUCUCCACUGCGCUUCCAGUCUGAGCACUUUUGCACUAGUCCGUUCUCACCAUGAUUAGAGGUUCUCAAAGCUAUUCUCUGCUGGGAUGGAUCAUCUCCUUCAUCAUCAUUUGUAGCAUAUUCGUCUUGCUGCGCUUCUGGUCCUCGAGGAUUCAGAAGAGAAAGUUUUAUGCAGAUGACUUCCUGGUGCUGCUUGCGCAUAUUGCCAUGAUUGCAAUGGCCGGUGUUACGAUAUGGGGCAUCGUCAAUGGUCUCGGGAAUCCGGCGACGGAACUGAGCAUCGAUGAGUUCAAGGUCAUGGCACAGGUACUCGUCGGCGCGUCCGUCACCUGGACUGUGUCGACAACCGUCGUCAAAAUGGCCGUUCUAUGGCUGUACACGAGAAUCUUCGACGUCGUCAUCUUCAGACGCAUCGCAUAUGGCCUGAUCGGGGUGUGUGCCUGCUACGGUGUCGCCUUUGAGAUCGUCUUCAUCACGCGGUGCAACCCGGUGUCGCAGGAAUGGGAUCCGGUGCCGUGGGGUAGCUGCAAGGACCCCAAGGAGACGCAACUGGCGUCAAACUCGAUCAAUCUCGUUCUCGACGUUGCCAUUGUCGUCUUGCCAAUGAUCCCUCUGUGGUCACUCCAGAUGGCACUGACCAAAAAGCUCGUCAUCACGGGCAUGUUUGGCUUUGGUUUCGCCACCGUAGCCGUAAUGCUCUACAGAGUCUACGUGACAGUCCACGCCAACCCGGAUCCCGCCCUCGCCCUCGCCGACGUCGGUCUUCUUAGCUUCAUCGAGCUCUGGCUCGGCAUCAUCGUCGCCUGCGUGCCCACCACCGCUCCUGUCUUCAGGACCUACGUCAAGCCGACGCUCUUCAAAGCGCUCAGCCAGUUCUGCGGAUACUCGAGAAAGACAAUCUCCAACCCGAUCGAGACGACCGGCGGGUCAGGCAAAGCCUCCGGCGGCCGUUCUGGCCACCACCACAACUUCCGAAGCAACCGUGACUACGCCGAGCUCUCGAUCGCAUCCACCUUUGACAGCCGCCGGUCCUCUGACAUUUCCCUUGUGCCCCCUUCCGGCGCCAAAACUCGGACUCACUGCGGUCCCGGUGGGGUGGUUGGAUCCCCUGGGCUCCAAGGGGGGGUCUACGUGGAGCAGCAGUUUCACGUGCAGGAGCUCGGAAAUAACAAUCGCAUUCGGUGAAAAUGAAAAGAAUAGAACUGGACCGAAAUGUCCAAAUUGGAGAUAGCUGGCG